AUGUGUGGUUAUGACGCUGUGCAGCAGGAGGAACUAUUGAAGGAUAGGAUAAUCGCUGGCAUUAACGACCAUCAGAUGAGAAGAGAACUACUCAAAUCCGGAGACCUUUCAGUGGCCGAAAUGGUGAAGAAGAGUAACGAACAUCAUCAAAUCGAGGAGCUCGCCCGUAAGAUCGAACUAAUGUCAACUAGUAAGGAAAAUCCGGGAACCACCUUCAAAGUGACGGCGACAAAAGUCAACGACAGACCAUGUCAGUACUGUGGCGGAAAACAUAUACGUGACAAAAACAAAUGCCCUGCAUUCGGAAAAAAGUGUCUCGGUUGCGGGAAGUCAAAUCAUUUCAAGAGAAUGUGUCGCUCAAAGAAUGAUAAGCGAAAGCCUUCGCGACGAAACGUGCGCAAAAUGGAGGACAGUUCAGCAUCUUCAGGAGAAUCAGAGACCGAAGAGGACUGUGAGUUCGUUGAUAUAGCCAAGCUGGACAGGGGAGGCUCGAGUAAUACCGGUAAAAUAAUGGUACAGUUGAAAGUGUUAGAUGUAAAUCGACAGGUGAAGUCAAUGGAUAUUCAGGUAGACACCGGCGCAAGAGUGAACGUUCUCUGCUGUAAGGAUCUGAAGAAGUUUUGCCCGUCAAGUCAGAUGCAAGGGUGGCCACAAAUCAAGGAAGAGCUGGAUGAUGACCUGCUACGGUAUUAUGCACUACAGAACGAGUUGACAAUUCAGAGAGGAGUUGUAUUCAAAGGUGACAGGAUAGUCGUACCAAGAAGUAUUCGUAGUAAAUUGAUGGAAAAGAUACAUUCAGCACAUUUGGGUGUAGAUUACACAUUGCGAGCAGCCAGAGAGGCACUAUUUUGGCCGGGAAUGACUGACCAAAUCACAAACUAUGUGCGAAAUUGUGAAAUAUGCAUGGAGUUUAGUGCGAGUCAAACAAGAACACCCAUGACCACUCAUGAAAUUCCGGAAUAUCCCUUUCAAAGGGCUAAUAUCGAUUUGGCAGAGGUUCAACAUCAAGGACGGAAAUGUGCGCUGAUGGUAUUGGCGGAUAGCUUUUCGGACUUUAUAGAAGUAGAUUUCCUCAAUGACAUGAAAGCAAAAUCUAUCGUUGAAAGAUGCAAACAACACUUUUCACGACAUGGUGCUCCGGAGAUUGUAGUGACCGAUAAUGGUCCACAGUUUGACAACGAAGUUUGGACUGAUUUCGCGAAGAGAUGGGGAUUCAAACACGUGACUUCGGCACCUUACCACGCACAUGGAAAUGGGAAGUCAGAGUCGGCCGUAAAAACAAUAAAGCAGUUGUAUAAGAAAUGCAUGAAUGAUGGAACUGAAUUCUGGAAAGCCUUGCUACAACAUCGGAAUACACCAAACUCAGUUGGCACAAGUCCUAAUCAACGACUAUUCUCAAGGAAUACACGAAACGAGAUUCCAAUGAUAACAAAUAAGCUUCAACCGCCGGGGGCUUCGCAAAUAACAACGUAUUGCACAAAAGAGGAGAGUGACGAAAGCCAGUUAUGA